UUUAUUGAUCUUUCUUUUAUUCACCUGAAGCAAAAAUGGCGUCCACAUCGAACCAGUCUGUUUACCGGGCCACUACCACCGCUCCGGUGAACAUUGCUGUUAUUAAAUACUGGGGCAAGCGUGAUACUACUCUCAAUCUCCCAACAAACUCCUCCCUCUCAGUCACACUCUCUCAGCGCUCUCUCCGUACCUUGACCACUGCUUCUUGCUCUGCCGAAUACCCACCUGCGGAUACCCUGAACCUGAACGGCAGUCCCCAGGACAUUCAGUCUUCCAAGCGCACACUCGCUUGUCUCUCCAACCUUCGUGCACUCCGCAAGGCCCUUGAGGAUGCCGACUCCUCGCUCCCCAAGCUCUCCACCCACCCUCUCCGGAUCGUCUCCGAGAACAACUUCCCCACUGCUGCCGGUCUGGCCAGCUCUGCAGCUGGCUUCGCAGCGUUGGUCCGCGCUGUCGCCGACCUUUACGAACUUCCCCAGUCCCCUAAGGAGCUGAGCCGCAUUGCGCGCCAAGGCUCUGGAUCCGCCUGUCGCUCCCUGAUGGGCGGAUACGUCGCAUGGCGCACUGGCGAGCUUGCUGAUGGAAGCGACAGCCUGGCCGAGGAGGUUGCCCCUGCAUCCCACUGGCCUGAGAUGCGUGCUAUUGUUCUGGUUGUCAGUGCCGAGAAGAAGGAUGUUCCUAGCACCGAAGGGAUGCAGACUACUGUGGCCACCUCCGCUCUCUUCGCUGAGCGUGCCCAGAACGUUGUUCCCGGGCGUAUGGCUGCCAUUGAGACCGCUAUUCAAAACCGCAACUUCCACGACUUCGCGGAGAUUACCAUGCGUGACUCAAACACCUUCCACGCCACUUGCCUCGACUCGUGGCCCCCUAUCUUUUACAUGAAUGAUGUCUCUCGUGCUGCUGUCCGCCUUGUGCACGACAUCAACCGCGUUGUUGGCCGCACGGUUUGUGCCUACACUUUUGACGCUGGCCCAAAUGCUGUCAUCUACUACGAAGAUAAGGACUCUGAGGUUGUGGCUGGCACCGUCAAGGCUAUUCUGGGCUCCAACACCGAGGGCUGGGACGGCGCAUUCUACGAGAGAGUGGCCAAUGUCACUGCUGGUGUUUCCUUGGAUCAGGUUGACUCUCGCGCCGUCGAAGUUUUGAAGGAGGGUGUGAGCCGCGUCAUCUUGACUGGCGUCGGAGAAGGCCCCGUCAAGGUUGAGGAUCACCUUGUCAGUGAGACUGGUGAGAUCCUCAGCACUCUUUAG